GACAAGAUUGGGCAUUAUUACUAUUUAUGAGGGGCAUAGAAUGUUUUGCAUUUUAGAGGUAUGGUUUAUAUUAUGAAGGAAUUUCUGGGGUACUACGAUAUUUAUGGGCCACAAUACAUUACAGUAUUGUGUUCAGAGAGCACAGUGUGUAGUAGUAUUAUAUUCAAAGAGCGCAGUAUGUGCUAGUAAUAUUCAGAGAGCACAGUGUGUAGUAGUAUUAUAUUCAAAGAGCGCAGUAUGUGCUAGUAAUAUUCAGAGAGCACAGUGUGUUGUAGUAUUAUAUUCAAGGAGCGCAGUAUGUGCUAGUAAUAUUCAGAGAGCACAGUGUGUGGUAGUAUUAUAUUCAAAGAGCACAGUAUGUGCUAGUAAUAUUCAGAGAGCACAGUGUGUGGUAGUAUUAUAUUCGGAGAGCGCAGUAUGUGCUAGUAAUAUAUUCAGAGAGUGCAGUGUGUGGUAGCAUUAUAUUCAGAGAGCACAGUGUGUGGUAGUAUUAUAUUCAGAGGUACAGUGUGGCGGGUUUAUAUUCAGAGAGCACAGUGUGUGGUAGUAUUAUAUUCAGAGGUACAGUGUGUCGGGUUUAUAUUCAGAGAGCACAGUGUGUGCUAGUAAUAUAUUCAGAGAGUGCAGUGUGUGGUAGUAUUAUAUUCAGAGAGCGCAGUAUGUGGUAGUGUUAUAUUCAGAGGUACAGUGUUUAGCUUUAUUAUAAUAAUUAUUGUUUUCAUAUAGAGGAUCAGAAUUCACUGACAAAUUAAGGAGCCAUCUGGGCGUCAUUUUCUUCAGAAAGAAGACUUAGCUGACAAAGUCCUGGCGGUUUUGCUCUUCAGUCUUUACUAAACAAGUUGAGAGUGGAUGACCAGUUUCAAUACAACCAACCAUUACAGCGCUCACAUCAUUCUUCUUAUAAUUAAUAAAUGAAUCUCCUUCCACUGAACAUGAAGAAGCCAACAGCUCCAAUAUUUCCAGUUUUGGAUAAAUCAUACCUAUUUGUGCAUUUACCAACAGACCCACAAAACCAAAGUACAAGAUAUCUACAAUGUCCGGCAACAGGACAUCUUUAUUGUAUGUCAACAGGAAGCUUAUACCAGAAGAUACCAAUUAUUCCACCACUGUCUACCGAUAUUUUAUCUUUACCUCAAGGGAAAAAAUAUUGUUUGCCCAGCAUCGCUCCACUGUGUAAAAUGAAAACGUUUUCUGUAUAUUCAGAGAACAUAGACCAACAGGAUAUUGGUCCUUCAACAAUUCUAAGUACUGAGAGCAACAUGAGUCCAAAAGCUAAGGUAGUCAGUGCUUCAAUAACUCCAAACACUCACAGGAAUGAGGCUUUUGGGAACAAGCCUGACACAUCUGCUGAAGCCUCUACACCUGUACCUGGUGCAAACAGUUCUGCAUUUCUUCAGAGGAAUUUGGAUCCAACCACAAAGAAAAAGAUACGCAGAAGAAAAGUGAAAACUAAAUCUCCUUUACUUGAACAUUCUUGUGCAAGUGCUAAGAAAAAAUCUGCUUCAAGCAAAGAGAAGAAAUCUACUGUGCCCCCCCAACCCAAACCUACCACAACAAUCAUAAAAAAUUCUGGAGACUUCAAGAAUACAGUUUCAAUAACCCAAUCCACAAAAAAAGGAAAAGUCACCAUUAACCCUAAUAACAAUUUGUCUACAAAAAAUAAGAGAAAAUCAUUCACAUACCCCCAAUUCUAUCUGCAUCACACGAUUUGGCCAAUACAACCUAUGCACAUUAAUUUUCAAGAUAUAUUUCCACAGAAUGUGGCUCCCACACUGAAUCUACCAAAAUUUUCCAGAAAGCAUGAAGAAAAUACUCCAAUUGUUCCAGUGUGUUCUGUGUCUAAUUCCAAGGAUAAACGUGCUCCAAGAAACACACAAAAAGAAAAACCAUCUCUACAUUUCAAUAUAGAAGAUUUCUUUGAGGUUUGGGUGCAAAAUAAUAACAAGAAGAAAACUGCAAGAAACAAAACACUAAGGCACGUGUCUAAUGAUUUCAAUAGUAUUUGGGCAUUUCUUAAACCUUUCAACCGCAGACCAUAUCCUUACCGCAGAAGGCAAAAAUCUUUGAUGACCAGCCAAUGUAAAAAUGACAUAAUGGCUUCCUCUGUACAUGAAAUAAUUCACAGUCGGUUUGCUAAGAAUACAAAUGAGCAUAUGCCUGUAUCACAGAUAAAAGCUAUGCUGAGCUCAGGAGAUAGGAAACUGAGGACAAGACAUGAAUGGAUCCAGUGUAUGGAGGAGGAAGCCAUUCAUAGGUACAAGAAAAUGAACUUAGAAAAACACAGUCAGAGAUUAAAAAUAAAACAAUAUGAGGUGCUACAUCACGAAGAAAAAUCUUACUUAGCAUGUUCCAGCAGAGCAGUGAUAAAUGAGAAGGAUAAGAAGAGCUGGCCCCUGCUGGUGAAGUGUUUGCACAAGCAUCCUGAUAGUACCCUGCGACAGGCCUGCAAACACCGCUCCUUCUGCUUGAGGUGGGAUGGGGCAUCUUACACCCUCAGAAAGGACCAUGCUUACUACACCGAAAUCCAGUGUCAUAUGGCCAUCACUAGUAUGUCAUAUGCAGAGCUAAUUGUCCAUACACAUAAGGAGACCACUAUUGUGCCUGUGGAUUUUGACUCUGAUUUUUGGAAACAGACAGAGGCAACACUGGAAACAUUCUUCACUGUUAACAUUCUACCUUACUUCAAAAAGACUGAGAUGGAGUCAGAUUUAGUCAGUGCUCCUUUAGUCAGUAACAACACCAAUGAUGAAAUAGAAGAAUAACCUAUGACGUAUCAGGUCUCUUUCUUUAUGAUUUAGAGCCCUUCUCUGGGCCGGAAACAAGUUCAAUGGAUGGAACAAUGUAUAUUUUUGUAGUGCUUAUUAGAUACAUGGUGGAUAUUUAUAAAAAACCUGUGUAGAGUGGUGCAGUUUCUCAGAGCAACUAUUUAAAUAGUUUAUUUUUUUUCAUUUUCAAAGGCCUUUCUAAAUAUCAAAGAAUCAAUCUGAAAUACGUACAAAGUACUGUAGAAGAGCGGCACUCCAGUAAGGAUAACAGUCAUUUAUUAACCCAUUCAUGUUACAAGUGCAAUGUUUCAGCCUCAACAUGAGGCCUUACUCAAUGAUAUUUCUACUACAGGUGCAUGAUUUGACUACACAACAGACCAUAGGCAAUGUUAAUGUCAUAGAGUACUUUUUAAGAGGAUCUUAGAAAAUGCUUGCAUUCCUGUUAACAAGGCUGGGGCAUUUUCUGUGUUUGGGUCUAUUCACACGGCAGAAUUUUCGCUUGCACUCCCAUUCACACUUCUGAACGGUUUGUAACACCAUUUAUCCUGAGUAUGGAAAUACCCCAUAUGUGGAUGUAAAGUGCUCUGCGGGCGUACUACAAUGCUCAGAAGAGAAGGAGCGCCAUUGAGCAUUUGGAGAAUUUGCCAUGUCGGGGGCCAUGUGCAUUUACAAAGCCCCCAUGGUGCCAGAAGAGUGGACCCCCCCCACACAUGUGACCCCAUUUUGGAAACUACACCCCUCACAGAAUUUAAUAAGCGGUGCAGUGAGCAUUUACACUAUUAUUAAAUAAAAUGUGUUUGUUUGUUUGUGUUUUUUUUUUUGCAAUGAAAAUGUAUAUUGUUUUUUUUACUAAUAAGGGGUCACAUACAAAUAGGGAAGUGGAAGGAAAUUAGGGUCAAGCUGAUAAAAGACAUGCUGGAUAUGUUUUCAAAUAGUUAGCUGGGAGUCAUUAAUGUAAUAUCAAACACCAUGCCUACGUGGCAUUUUUGUAAGCCAUUUUUUGGUGAUUUCCCCCCCCCCCCCCCCAU